AUGUGCAAUAUGUGAUUAAAGUGUGGUCUGCCAGUUUUAAAUAGUUUCUCUCUUUUUAGCAUUUUACUGUUACUGUAGUUAAAAAAAUAUAUGCUUAAAGUUAAGAUAUCCAAGUGAUGUUUGACAAUGUUUUGGUCCGUCACUCAGCGUGCUCAUGUGUGUCCAACGGUGUGUGUGGAUGGAAAGCAGGUCCCUUCUGUGUAACACUCUUCUAUUUAUAGUGAGAACAAAUCCCAGAUAUGAGAGGAAUCCUUCCACCACUUACGAGGCAGGGCGAGAGAGAGAAAAAGAGAGGGUGGAGAGAAGAGGAUAGGAGAAAGAAAAAGACGGAGAUGAUAACACGUGUUUGAGAGAUGGGUAGAAAAUUGUUAUUGAACAAGUGAGAACUCCUACCCUUUCAAAUCAAGCAUUAGAUAAUACAGUAUUGUGUCAUCAAUAGUGGACUUACCGGGGGGGAUUAUGUCCAAACCUUCGUCCAACGUUAAGGCCCUUCAGGCUAAUUUGAACAUCCCGAUGGGAGCUCUGCGUCCAGGGGCGGGACAUCCUGUCAAGAGGAGAGAGGAGACAGUAGAUACAGAAGAGGCUCCUUUACCAGAGCAGCCCAGCGCUGCACCCCCCACACCGGAGGAGAAGAAGGCGAUGCCGGGCGCCGUGAAACUGCCCGGGCCUGCUGUUAACCUAUCAGAGCUGCAGAAUGUCAAGAGCGAACUACGAUGGGUCACCAAGGAAUAACAUGAUCCCCAAACAGGCGAAGGAGAGAUAAUCUUCAUAAACAGACUCGCCCACUGCCACUGAAGACUGAGCAAACUACUAUCUAAUCCCAACAUGUUUGAACAAUAACAGCUUUUGAGAAGCCAAUGGCUGCAGAAAAUGUUCAGCGUUUAACCAAAACCACCACCACGCAAUCAUCCAUUACCUCUUCUAUCAGUCCUCUAAAGGUUAAAGCAUUGCAAACAUAUGUAUCUUACCAUGUCAGAUAGUUGUGUCACUACUGUAAAUUCAAACUUGAAUCAUAGUUUGUACAAAACGUUAAUGUGAUAAAGCAAGAUAUUCUGGAUUGCUUUUGCUGCAGACAAGACUCAACCUAACUCAGACUUUAAGUAAGUGAGUUUUUGUUCAGAAUAAUUAUUUUUAACAUUUUUUUGAGUGUUUUAUGUCUAAAGUAGCUGGCUUAGAAGGACUUUUGUUGACAUUUGUUGUACAUUUAAGGAAUCCACUUGACAAAAAACCAACUCUGAUUCCCCUUCUUUAUGAUGACACUUAUUUUCCAUACUGUCAAAACUCCAAACUAUUCAGCACUGAUUCAUUGUGAGAAUUUCAAUUAUAUUAUAAUUUCUAAAUGUUUAACAAUUUGAAAUGAUGCGAUGGGAGUUAAGUUCAACUGUACUGUUUUUAGGGAGGGGGAUUUUAAUCUGUUACUUGUUCUAUUGUUAUGAUUCCCAAAAACUGGUAUCUUUGUGAAAAUGUUACAAUAAAACAAUAUGGUUCUAUCCAAUGUUAUGUUCAUUACUAUAUCUACUAUUACAGUAAAGGAGAAUAGUGGUUUGAUAUUUUAUAUGUUUUCGAUUUGCUCUAAUAAUUAUGAAAUACUUGCUUUAUCUAAUUAACAUUUUGUAACAUCUGCCUCUACAGGUGGCCGUGUUGAUUCCUUUAUUGCAUCACUUUGUCCACACUAAUAUACAACUAUUGGAUGUAUUGCCCAACAUUUGAAGACAAAUAUAAAAGUUUUGUUAAGGAAAAAUUAAACACACUUUUAAUUAAUCCCCAAACUUUUGGCAUAACCAGCAGCACCAUUAAUUUGUUUAUUUAUUUAGUAAAAUGUUCCAAUUACGCGUUCAUAUAUUUUAAAAUCUAUAAAAUGUAUUGCUACUAAAUGAUGUGCCAUUAUGCGUGUAUAGUUACAUUGUUGAAACGCUUUUGACCAAUGUACCAUCUAACAAAGACACCACAAAUAAGGCGAAAGGACAUGUUUAAAGGGGAUUAUUUUGUUUGCUUCCUUCUUCCCUGUAGGUGUCAGGAGAUUGACAGUUAACACAGUGUGACACAAUGCAUCCAUUCAUGAUAAAAAUAUCCAUCAUAAUUACCCUGAACACUCUGACAAGAGGAAAUUAAAACCUCACGUUUACUGUGAUGAAAAAUGAUGCCCGAAGAGUCAUCAUAUUUCCCACUGUAAUAUUCUUGUUUUAUGUGCAUAUGUAAUAGGUAUUACAGGAUAUCAGGUGGGAGUCAGGGGUGUCUUUGAGCAUGGAGUCACAUUGAUCCCCAGUUAAACCUUCAAAUCCAACAGUUUCAAUACAGAUAUGUGUAUUAACGGCGCACCCACAUGCCGUCAUACACACCACCAGACUCCAUUACAUCACAUGUUCAAACAGACAAACACACAGAGCAGCUGUACUGUGGCUAAGUUUAGCAUCCAGCAGGUCAUGAUGGAGAGAGAAAUGCUAGUGUAUUAACAACCAUAUAGGAGCAUGUGUGUGGGAAUGAUGUAAAUACUUGGCAGUUUCAAAAAGGGUAAAUCUGCUUUUUUGCCAGUAGACUGUGUUCUGAAUUUUAAACUGGUGUAACCUUUCCUUAAAACAAAUAAACACUCAUCUAUAUCUAUCAAUACUACCUGGUACAAAUGUUUGUCAGCAGCUUUAAAAUCAAAACUGCUCCACCUGUUAAAAAUCUGCUCAAAGAUUGUUGGUCAACCCUGUCAGAGACUCUAUGACUCAGCCAUAACAACCUAGUGAGGCUGUCCAACAACAUCCUCUCUGAUCCAAAUCAAAUGCACGCUGAAGGCUCUUUGAGCAGCUUUUCUCUCACUGAUUGUGCUGUUAUGUUAAAUGUUUGUUGUUUGUGUUUCAUGUAUUUGUGUCUGGAUAUUUGUCUGUUGAUGUUGGACAUGGAGCUGCUGUGACGCAAGUCAAAUUUCAGACUUGAUCUGACAAAUAAAGUAAUAUCGUAUCGUAUCUGUAAA